AUGAGAAACCGUGAUCAACUUGUGUUCAUACCAUUUGCAUUUUAUAUGUUUGGUUUUCUUACGUCGGAUGCGGUGGAGCUUCUUAGUAGAGUACAACGGAUCAUGCAUAUCAAUGUUAUAUUCUCUAGAUCUAUGGAUGUAGUCUUCAAAAGAAUUGACUUUACCACAGAAAAAGGCUUAGCGGCACAACUUGUUGCUCGUUGCUUUCUCAUUCUUUAUGGAAAGUUACUAUCUUCGAAGCAAGUUCUCGAAGCUGCAGAUGAAAAAAACAAAUCCAUGACCUACACGCCGUUAGAAGGAGAUGCCAUGUUGCAGAUUUACAAAAGCUUAAAAGCACACAUUCACUUUAGUGAAAAUGGUGAAAACAACUUUGUGACAUGGACACUUGAGUAUGAGAAGAUAAAUGAAGACGUCCCUGACCCAGAUGCACUCAUUGAUCUUGCUUACAAAGUUACCAAAGUUGUUGAGCUUCACCUUCUCAAGUGA